ACGGGAGCUCAUUUGACCAUAUAAACAAAACAUGUCUCUCAUAUGCGCAAUAAGUAAUGAGGUGCCAGACCAGCCAGUGGUGUCCCCACUUUCAGGUGCUGUCUUUGAGCGCCGGCUUCUGGAGAAGUACAUUGCAGAAAAUGGAACAGACCCCAUCAAUAACAAGGAACUCAGAGUUGAACAGCUUAUUGAUUUAAAAGUUCCAACAGUUGCAAAACCAAAACCUCCAAGUGCAACUAGUAUUCCUGCAAUCCUCAAAGCCUUGCAGGAUGAGUGGGAUGCUGUUAUGCUUCACUCCUUUACUCUGCGUCAACAGCUCCAGACUGCUCGCCAAGAACUCAGUCAUGCACUGUACCAGCAUGAUGCUGCUACUCGUGUCAUUGCCCGUCUGAACAAGGAAGUAACAGCUGCUCGUGAGGCCUUGGCAACACUAAAGCCACAGGCUGGUAUUGCACCUGCUACGCCAGCUGGACCAACUAUUGCUGCAACAGCAGAGGCAGGAGGUGCAGCAGAUGUCCCAGGAGAGGGUGCAGGGUUGACUGAGGAUGUUGUAGCACGCCUGCAGGACACGGCCACAGUUCUUACACAAGAGCGAAAGAGACGCGGCCGAACAAUUCCAGAGGGGCUUACACCAUCGGAACAGAUCAGGAGCUUCAAUACACUUGCAUCACAUCCUGUAAGCGACACAUCCGCUAGCUCCCCUCUGACAGCUGCCCAGUUCCACCCUGAUGGUCUCAUUCUUGGAACGGGAACUCAAGAUGCCACCAUCAAGAUCUGGGACUUGAAAGAGCGCUCUAAUGUGGCCAACUUUCCAGGUCACAGUGGCGCUAUUAGUUCUAUUGCCUUCAGUGAGAAUGGUUAUUACUUGGCAACUUCAGCAGAGGACUCUACUGUGAGACUCUGGGAUUUGCGUAAGCUCAAGAACUUCAAGACAAUACAGCUUGAUGAAGGUUAUGAAGUGAUGGACCUAUGCUUCGAUCAGUCUGGCACAUACUUAGCUGUUGCAGGAACUGAUGUUAGAGUAUACCUAUGUAAGCAAUGGACAGACUUGCGAGUCUUCAACGAUCACACUGCCAUGGCUACUGGUAUUCGCUUCGGCUCAAAUGCUAGUUAUCUUGCAUCUACAUCAAUGGACAGAACCCUGAAGAUCUAUGGGCCAUGAAAUGUGUAUAUAUUUUUAGGAAUUUUUUCAUUUGAAAUAUGUAGAGUAGCAGCAAGAUUAGUCUAUUUAAAUUUUUAUGAAUUGUUGCAGUUUUAGGAAACUGGCAAGUAUUUGUGACUAUGUUGCGCUGUAUGUCAAAGGUCAGUAAUGCAUUAUAUAAAUGGAAGCUUGCUAAGAAUGCCUGGUGUGAACACCAUGGACAGUGUUAGAGAGAAACAGAGCUGCAGUGUAAUCAUACCAUACAUUAGAGGGCCAGUUUUACUUCAUUGUAGUAUUGUUUUUGGCUCUGAUUGAAUUUGUCAUAUCUUGUUUUUCUGAAUCAAACUCCUUUUGGUAUUAUUCAUUAUUUAUAUUUGUUCUAUUACCUUUUUAUUAUCAGAUAUUAUCCUGUCAAAUGUAUGGUAUUCUGUUCAUAGGAAGUAUAGUACCUGUCUGGAAAUGAUGGUAUGUCUUCCCUAGAAAAAGAAUGGAGAUUUUUUUAUGAUGCUUUUUGAUAAGUCAGACCAUUGUUCUCAUUAUUAAUAUUUUAAUUUUUAUUAUUAUUAUUAUUAUUUUUUCAUUCUUUUCUUCAAAAUGUGCUCUAUUUCUACUACCAGUAAUGGCAUUGAUUCUCAGCUUUUUGUUGUCAGGCACAGGGUAAACACAAUCAAGACUGAGAUGCCAACAUUUAAGUUAAUUUGGCCAUAUAUAAUGGUCUUUCAAGCAAACCAUUCAUGUUUUGUUUCUUUAAUUAUGUGUUUUAAUGUUUAUGAUGCUUAUAUAAAGUAGUGCACAACUAAAACUGUUUCUAAAAUGCUUCAGAAUGAAAAUAUGAGAAAAAGAAAAAUGCUUGUAAUAUCACAUAAAACUGUGAUUAUAUAUAUAUAUGUACCUUUUUUUUUAUUGAUUAGAAGUCAACAUGGAUCUGCUUCUUCAUGAUAAUGCCAAGCAAUAUGGUGUACAAGUUGUUUUCCAAAUUGCUAUUCCCUUAUGCAAAAGUAAUUGUAAUAAUGUUGUGUUUAGUUUAUUGUGGUGGCUGUUUAUUUUUUGUUUUUUGGUAUUUUCUUUAAUGAUAAAUUAUACCAUUUUGUGUGUAUAUACUUUACAUCUGUUAAAAAGAGUGAUUUGUAUCUAUGUCCAGGCAGUAUCAAGUGGCUCACAACAGCAAGUUUUCAGUGUACUAGUUGUGUAAAUUUUUACCAUUUAUUUUGAAUGAAUGUGAUUCAGGGAUUUUUUUUUUCUUUCCAUUCGUUUCUCCCAUCUUGCAUUCACAUUUUUUCUUUUGUUAAUAAAUUGUUUAUGAUUCUGUCCUGUUCCAAAUUCAUUCCCAGUUAGUACAUCUUAUGGUGAUAAAAAACCUUUUGCCAUGCACCCAGUCAUACCGAAGUACAAUAGAUUUUUUAGCCUGUGUCAUUUAUGUAAUUUUCACAUACACAAAAUUGUAAUAAAUGUUAUAAAAGAAUAGAUGGUUAAGACUCCGUCAUUUUGGCCUCUUUAUUAUUAAGUAAAAUUGUUGAAGAGAGCAGAAAGUGAUUAAUAAUAUAAGUUUAAUUCCAUGGAGAAGGAUAUACUCAUUAGAGCUGUCUUUGUCUUUAAUCUUUUUUUUACUAUUUGUUUAGAUGUGAAACUUUAGAAAUUAUGAAUUAAUUUUUAAGAUGUAAAGAAGGAAAAAGGAAAGGAUUACAUUAGGCUGGUACUUGGCAAGAAGAGAUGGUAUGGAAAUGAGUAGAUAUCUGAGAUAUUGCAACUGGGACAAGUUUUCUGCAGCCAGUUUGUCUUCUGUCUUUAAUUUGAUGUAAGAUGAAUGAGUAAGACAUGAGAGCCUCUUAAAUGUAAUGUAUGGUAAUAAAAAUUAUUAGUGAAUAUU